AUGAGCUCUUCCCCAUCAUCUAAUGGGUUGUCCAAUAAUACCCUUCAUCUGGAACAAAUACAAACGAAUUUGGCAUCUUUGAGGAACGGCAUACUGGAGCUUGAAGCCGUUAGUCGUACGGCAGGAGGAUCACACUCUCAAGUUGAAGCUGUAAAACUUCUUCGGAAACAGUAUGAGAGGAUGCGAGGCAUGCUUUUAGCUGACAGCCAGGGUGUGGAGGUGCCGAGUUUGGACAUUAUUGUUGCACCUACUCCCAAGAAACCCGAUCCUUUCUCAUCACUGACUUCGCCCUCAAAUGCCUCUCUUGCUCCACUUAUUGGUACUCCACCACCUCGAUCUCCCUCACCCUCGAUCCCGGACUACAACGGCCCGUUCACCCCAUAUACCGACGAUCCACAACGACCGCCUUCUCCGCCCUCACCAAAUGCACUACUGCAGACUCAAAAGCAGCUCAUCGAUACCCAAGACACCCACCUCUCUGCCCUGUCAGAUUCCAUAUCCCGCCACCAUAAUUUGUCGCUUCAGAUCAAUUCAGAGUUAGAUACACAUCACGGGCUGUUGCAGGAACUGGACACGGAACUGGAUCAGACUGAGGGAAGACUGAGUGGGGCUCGGCGGAGAUUGGAUAGGGUCGGUAGGGGUUUGAAGGGGAAUGGGUCGACCGUGUGCAUUGGGGUCUUAAUAUUGGUGCUUUUGGUCUUGAUCAUCGCGCUUAAGACCUAG